AUGCGUGUUGUCGUAUUACCCGUUUGCUUAUUGGAAUCUUAUCCUCACAUCUUGUUAAAAUAUGAUUUUCGUUUAAAACAACAAUCACAAACCCAAAUACAACAACCAACGCAACAAUCAACACCCUCGUCACCAGCACAACAACAAACAGUCCUUCCACUAUCAUCGUCAAAAGACCAGUAUUUUUUAACACCAUAUUGUUCUCCAAUAGGCGUUGAAGGGUCGGUAAAAACUGUAUGCAAUAUUAUAAGACGUUCAGCUGUUCUUCGAAAAAUAUUUGAUGUUAAAGAUGAAGAAGAAGAAAAUCUUGAAAAUAAAAUUGAUUUUAAAGGUCAUUGUCGUUUUAUUGCAUUUGGACCUGAAACGGGUAAGUUUCUUUUCCAUACUAGCUUUUUGUGUUCUAAUUCGUGUUUUGUUAUUCCAGAUAUAUGCAUAUGCGCUUUGUUAGUCAAUCAUAUAUCGUCGUUGGAAUUAAAUUAUAUUAAUAUGCCCGAACCGCCAUUAUCUCGUCAACAAUCAAAAAUUAGUUAUAGUCGUUCUGUCUCAUCAACGUCAAUGUUAUCAUCACCCUUAUCAGCUACCGGUGAUUCUCCAACACCAUCACUUGUUCAACGUGAUCUUGUUCAUUUAUGGAUAUCAAUUCGUGAUAUCCGUCAUAAAUUGAUUCAUAUUGAUCGUGUUCUGAAACAACCAGGCAUCUUGUCCAAAUUGAUACAUGUCGAAAGCUGGGUUUCGUCGUAUAAUGAAAAAGACAGUUCAUCUCCCUUACAAACACCGACAACACCAAAAAAUGGCGAAUUAAACGUUCCACCAUCACCACUACCAUCACUUAUCACAUUAACGAUACGUCAUGAUGAAAAUAUUAAGCAAACAUCAUCACCAACAACAAACCCUUUAGCAGCUUUAACAACAGCAGCCCAACAAUCAUUACCCUCAUUGCCUACACGUUUAGUGAAAGCACGCGCUCGUACACUGGUAUGGGAUAUAAUGGAAAUGAAAAAUGAAGUUCUAUAUCCGCAUCCAGUUCAUGGUCGAAUACCAAAUUUUCGUAAUAAUCCCGAUUGUUCAGCAAAUUUAGCUCAACUAGAAGAAUUUCAACGAAGUCGUGUCAUUCAAAUAUGUCCAAGUUUAGCUCAAGAACAUUUACGUUUAUUUUCACUAGCAGAAGGAAAAGUAUUGUUAACACCAUCUCCAUCGAUUGAUGUUGCAUUAUUUUAUAAAUUAGAUCCAAAAUUUUUGAAUACGCAUGAAUUAUCGCGUGCUGCCACAAAAUCUGGUACAGCUGCAUUAGGAACAGUAGUCAAUUUAAGUGCGGUCGGAAAUUUACAUGUUGAUAUUGUUGUUGUUGCAUCUGUUGUUGUUAACCCGAUUACAGGGGCUCGUUUAGGAAAAGGCAAAGGUUAUGGUGAUUUAGAAUAUGCAAUUAUGCAUCAGUUAGGAGCAUGUGAUGAAUCAACACUUGUUAUUACUACUGUCCAUGAAACUCAAUUGUUAGAUGAUUUACCAUCAUCGGUUAUGACUGAUCAUGAUCUACCUGUUAAUGUCAUAAUAACACCACAGCGCAUUAUUUACACUCAAAAUAAAUUUCAACGCCCAUGUAAAAUAAAUUGGAAUGAAAUUGAUAAUGAUACAAUUUUAAAUUUACCGGUAUUAAAAGAAUUCAAACGUUUACAACAACACCAACAGAUUCAACAGCAAAUGGUACUGGUUUAA